CCUCCGUCCAGAGGGGAGGUGGACUGGAUAGACGGGUGGCCAGGCAGCGAAGUGACGGCCAAGAGGAUUUACGGCACUCCCGAGACCGAGUGCGCACCACUGCAGGAUCCGCUCGCGACAGACACUGGAACAGGGAACGAUGACCCGCAGCCCCUUGGUGGUCUUGCUCGCGGUUCUGUGCCUAAUUGGCACAGUCCGCUGCUUGCCGAGGAAUAAAAGGCAGGUUUCCAUCUCGACCCCUCAACGCAAUCCGGAUGGCUGCUAUUAUGGGAAUCGACUUUAUAAAUUUAAUGAGCAGUGGGAAAGGCACUAUCUUGGUAAAACCCUGAUCUGUACCUGCUAUGGAGACAGUGGAGUAAACUGUGAAAGCAAGCAAGAAGCGGAAGAGACCUGCUUUGACAAGUACAAUGUUCGCUCCUACCGUGUAGGGGAGACCUAUGAGCGGCCAAAGGAAGGAAUGAUCUGGGACUGUACCUGCCUUGGGAAUGGCAGAGGAAAGAUCAGCUGCACAAUUACAAACCGCUGUCAUGAGUCUGGUCAGUCUUACAAGAUUGGUGACAUCUGGCGACGUCCUCAUGAGACUGGAAGCUACAUGUUGGAGUGUGUGUGUCUGGGCAAUGGCAAAGGGGAGUGGACGUGUAAACCAGUAGCGGAGAGGUGUUAUGAUAAUAAUGCUGGCACCUCCUACGUGAUUGGAGAGACCUGGGAGAAAUCUUACCAGGUUUGGAUGAUGGUUGAUUGCACUUGUCUGGGCGAGGGCAGCGGCCGCAUCACAUGCACAUCUCGUAAUCGGUGUAAUGAUCAGGAUACCAGGACAUCUUAUAGAAUUGGAGACACCUGGACCAAGACCGAUAACCGCGGGCACCACCUGCAGUGUAUCUGCACGGGCAAUGGACGUGGGGAGUGGAAGUGUGAGCGACAUGGCUCUCUGCUGACAACGGGUCAUGGCUCUGGAUCCCAGGUGGUCACUAGCAUUCAUCCAGCUAUACACAUCCCACAACCACAGCCUCCUCCACCCACUGAAGGAACCUGCAUAACCGACUCUGGUGUUUCCUACUUUGAGGGCAUGCGAUGGGUGAAGACCCAGGGCACCAAGCAGAUGUUGUGCACUUGCCUAGGCAACGGGGUCAGCUGUGAGGAGAUGGUUUCUUCCCAGGUCUAUGGAGGCACCUCCGAAGGACAACCAUGCGUCUUCCCAUUCACAUUUAUGGGCAAGUCUUACUAUUCCUGCACCUCGGCAGGACGAAGUGAUGGUCAGUUAUGGUGCAGCACCACGUCAAACUUUGAAGAAGACCACAAGUACUCCUUCUGCGUGACUGAAAAUGUACACAUUUCUACUCGAGGAGGCAACUCUAAUGGAGCCCUCUGCCACUUCCCCUUUGUGUACAGUGGGCGCAAUUACACAGAAUGCACAGCUGACGGCCGCCGUGAUGGAAUGAAAUGGUGUGGAACAACUCUGAACUUUGAUGGGGACCAGAAAUUUGGGUUCUGUCCAAUGGCUGCUCAUGAAGAAGUGUGCACCACAAGCGAAGGUGUCAUGUACCACGUGGGUGACCAGUGGGACAAGCGGCAUGACGUGCUGGGCCACAUGAUGAGAUGUACUUGUGUCGGGAACGGGCGUGGCGAGUGGAACUGCAUUGCAUACUCUCAGCUGAAAGAUCAGUGCAUCGUUGACGGACUAACGUAUGAAGUGAACCAGACCUUCACCAAGCGUCAUGAUGAGGGUUACAUGAUGAAUUGUACCUGCUAUGGCCAGGGGCGUGGCCGGUGGAAAUGUGAUGCUAUAGACCAGUGCCAGGAGCCAGAGACUCGGGUGUUUUACCAGAUUGGUGAGACUUGGGACAAAGCUAUCCAUGGAGUUCACUAUCGCUGUGUAUGUUAUGGAAAUGGAAUUGGAGAGCUGAGUUGUGAGCCGACUCAAACCUACCCAGGCCGCAGGCCAGUGGAGGUCCUCAUUACAGAAACUGGCAAUCAGCCGGACUCUCACCCAAUUCAGUGGAAUGCGCCUCAGUCUGCCCACAUUGCCCAGUACACCCUGAAGUGGAGACCGAAAAACAGCCGAAUUCAGUGGCAGGAGGUGACUGUCCCUGGACAUCUUAACUCUUACACAAUCAAGGGCCUCCGGCCAGGAAUCACCUAUGAGGGCCAGCUGAUCAGCAUUUUGCGCUUUGGACAGAGAGAAGUCACUCACUUUGAGUUCACUACAACCUUUGGCACAAGGCAGUCCUCUGAAGGAGAGACAACCCAGCCACCUCCAGUGGUCACCAUGUCCGAGUCCAUAUCAGAGAUCACUUCCAGCAGCUUUGUGAUUUCCUGGGUUUCUGCUUCUGACACGGUUUCUGGCUUCCGGGUUGAAUAUGAGCUUAGUGAGGAGGGGUCCAAGACGGAGGUCUUUGAACUCCCUGGAUCAGCCACUUCUGUCAACAUCCCUGACCUGCUUCCAGGACGCAAGUACGUCGUAAACGUUUUUGAAAUCACAGAGGAAGGCGAGAAGAAUCUCAUUCUUACCACCACUCAGACCACAGCCCCUGAUACACCAAAGGAUCACUCCAUUGAUGAAGUAGGAGAAACCUCCAUUGUUGUUCGCUGGUCGAAACCUCAGGCUCCAAUCACAGGAUACCGAGUGGUUUACACGCCAUCCGUUGAAGGAAGCCGCACCGAAAUUAACCUGCCUGAUACCGCCACCUCUGUGACCCUGGGUGACCUGUUACCUGGAGUGCAGUACAACAUUAGCAUCUAUGCUGUGGAGGAGAACCAGGAGAGCGAGCCUAUAGUCAUCCAGCAGACGACUGCUGGGGAACCACAGCCAGCUGUAGUUCCUGCUCCUUCAGACCUGCAGUUUGUAAAAGUUACUGACACCAAGGUGACCAUCACGUGGACUCCUCCUUCAAAUGGCAUCUCGGAGUAUCAUGUGACCAUUCUCCCCAUCACUCCCCCUGGCCGAACAGAAGAUGCCCUGCAGCUGCCAGUCAGUGGACGGUCCGUGGAGGAAAUUUCUGGACUUCAGCCUGGAACUACUUACCGUGUCCAGGUUUAUGCGAUCUACCACAGCACAAGGAGUUCACCCCUAGUUGGCGAUGUCACCACGAAACUGGACAAACCUACAGGAAUUCAGUUCCACAAUAUCUCCGAAAGCACAGCUGUGGUAGCCUGGACUGCCCCUCGAGCUAAAAUAGCUGGCUACAGGCUCCGACUUAGCACGUCUGGAGGACAACCGAGGUCCUUCAAUGUCGCUCCGAAAGUGGUCCAUUACACUCUGAGGAACCUGCACCCGGAUACAGAGUACACCGUCUCUGUAAUCGCAGUGAAGGGCAGCCAGCAGAGUGAAGCCUUGGCCGGCAUAUUCAACACCCUGGAGGCAACUGGAAGCUCCCCACGUUAUAGCACAGAAGUGACCGACACCUCGAUCAUCAUCACCUGGACACCAGCUCCAAGGUUCAGCUACAAGCUGGCAGUACGACCAAGCCAGGGUGGUGAAGCACCAAGGGAGGUCAUCUCGGAUUCAGGCAGCAUUUAUAUUUCUGGGCUGACUCCCGGAGUGGAGUACACCUACAGUAUCCAGCCGAUUGUGAAUGGACACGAGCGAGGGACCCCCAUCACCAAAAAUGUGGUCACACCGCUCUCUCCUCCAAGUGACUUGAGUCUAAAAUCCAAUCCAUCGACCGGAGAGCUAGUAGUGUCAUGGGAUGCCACCAAAACGCCAGAUGCCACAGGCUACAGAGUGACUUGCACUCCCCUCGAUGGUCAGCAUGGCAAUUCCAUUGAGGAGUUUGUAAAGGCAGGCCAGACUUCCUGUACUCUGGAGAACCUGAGGCCAGGCGUGGAGUACAAUGUCAGCGUUUACACGGUGAAGAAUGACAUGGAGAGUAGUCCUGUGUCCACCACCGUCAUGCAAGAAGUGCCACGGCUCUCUGACCUUGACUUUGUGGAUGUUACUGACACAACUAUUGGCCUGCGGUGGACACCACUUAACUACACCGCCAUCACAGGGUAUCGCGUCACAGUUCUGGCGGCAGGGGAGAGCGUUCCGGUUUUUGAAGACUUUGUGGAACCCUCUACCAAUUACUACACAGUGUACGGUCUGGAGCCUGGCAUAGACUAUGACAUCAGCGUGAUCACCUUGGUGGACGGUGGUGAGAGCAAACCUGCCACUGUAACUCAGCAGACAGCUGUUCCCUCGCCAACCAACCUCCGGUUUACCGGGGUCGGACCAGACUCCAUGCAAGUGUCCUGGACUGCCCCAGAAUCCAUAGAUAUUUCCCACUUUUUUGUGCGCUAUGCUCCAGCAAAGAAGGAAGAGGAUGUGACCGAGCGGCGUAUCCCAGGAAGCAGCAAUUCGAUGACCCUGUCUAACCUCUUGCCUCAUACACAAUACGUCGUGCGAGUCUCUUGUGUGUACGAAGAGCAGGAAAGCAAACCCCUUGUUGGAACUCAGAAAACGGCCCUGGACUCUCCCACUGGCAUAGACUUCUCGGAUGUCUUCCCGAACUCCAUCACUGUGCACUGGCUCGCCCCUCGAGCGGUCAUCACUGGUUACCGUGUCCGACAUCAGAUGGCCAGUGGAGGCCGUUUCAAGGAUGACCGACUCCCUCCAUCCCGCACCUCCUUCACACUGACUGGUCUCAACCCGGGCACCGAAUACGUCCUCAGCAUCUUUGCCGUCAGCGGCACUGAGGAGAGUCUGCCCCUGACUGGCAGGCAGUCUACAAUCUCUGACAUGCCAACAGACCUGGAGGUAACGUCUUCCACUCCUACAAGUCUGACCAUCUCCUGGGAGGCUCCUCCAGUCACCGUGCGCUACUACAGGAUCACGUAUGGGACGACAGGAGGCCACUCCCCUAUCAAGGACUUCACAGUGCCUGGGUCCCUGUCUUCCACGGUGAUUGAGAAUCUUCAGCCUGGCACAGACUACACAAUCACUGUGUAUGCCGUGACUGGACGAGGAGACAGCCCUGCCUCCAGUACCCCGAUCACAGUCCGUCACCGAACAGAGAUAGGAACACCAACAAAAAUGGAGGUAACAGACGUCAAGGACCGGACGAUCAAAGUCCGGUGGUCUCCUUCUUCGGGUUCAGUAACUGGCUACAAAGUUACAGGAGUUCCCAAGAGUGGCCAUGGGCCCACUGUGUCUGAGCUGGUCCCAGCGGAUCAGAAUGAAAUCACCAUCUCUGGGCUGAUGCCAUCUGUCGAGUAUGUGCUCAGUGUUUACACCCUGGGUCAGAGUGGGGAGAGUGCCCCUCUGGUGGAGACGGCUAUCACAAACCCCGACAGUCCUAAAGCCCUCACUUUCACGGAGGUUGGUACCACUUCGAUGAAACUUGGGUGGGAAAUCCCAGAUGGCACUGUGACCUCCUACAGGAUCGUCUACUCCAGCCCAGAAGAUGGAGAAAGGGAACUUGCGCCCGCCCCCAGUGGAGAUGAUGACACUGCUGAGCUCACCGGCCUCCGCCCUGGCAGCGAUUACACCAUCAAAGUGAUUGCUGUGCAUGAUGACCUGGAAAGUCAGCCACUCACUGGCACCCAGUCCACAGGUGUCCCAUCGCCUACUAACCUGCAGUUCACUCAGGUAGCCCCAUCCAGCUUAACGAUCCAAUGGGAUGCUCCCAACAGCCGGCUCACAGGCUACCGUAUUGUAGUCAAUCCCAAGGAUAAGAGCGGUCCGAUCAAGGAAAUGAACGUCGCCCCGGACAGCACCAGCACUGUUGUGUCCGGACUCAUGGUCGUGACGCGGUACGAAGUGUCCGUCUAUUCGCUGCAGAACUUUCUGACCAGCCGUCCACUGACUGGGGAGGUCACCACACUGGACAACAUCAGCCCUCCUCGUCGAGUGCGCAUCACUGAGGUAACGGAGUCCGCCAUCAUGCUGUCGUGGCGCCCCAAACCAGAGACCAUCACUGGCUUCCUCAUUGAAGCCACCCCAGCUGGCUCCGAAACUCCCAUUCAGAAGACCGUGGGUCAGGACACUCGCACCUUCACAGUCACCGGUCUGCGGCCUGGCACGGAGUAUACCAUUAACAUCUACACACUGAAUGGAAACGCCCGCAGUGCCCCGUACACGGUGUCUGCUGUGACAGCUAAGCCAGCAGUAGAGUCCCCAACCAACCUGCAGUUUACUUCUGUCACCUCCACCUCGGUGUCGUUCAGGUGGGAGCCGCCUCACUCACGCAUCACCGGCUACUUUAUCACGUACCAGGAAGACAACCAGCAGCCAAAGGAGCUCCUGCCACGGCCGCACGCUGGCAUCAACAAGGCCACCAUUCAAGAUCUGAAACCAGGAACGAGGUACGUCAUCAAGAUCAUUGCUCUGGAGAACAGCCUGAGGAGUCCGCCAUUAUCUGGCAUCAUCGUAACCCAGUUGGAGCCCCAGCUGCCUUCGCUAGGAGAUCUGCCUGAGCGCCCGUCCCCAUCCUUCCUGGACGUACCUGAGCCCAUCGAGCCCAAUCCCUUCCCGCGCCACACCUUUAACGAUAACGGCGUCCGAAUCACCGGAACCAACGGUCAGACUAAUCCGGGGCAACAAGGCCAGCACAUCUACACCGAGUAUCAGAACCAGCGUCUCCCGCAUAGCGUAGAGCAGCGCCCCUAUGUGCCUGGUGUUGGGGUCACAAACGUGGGUGGUCCGCACCCCGGUCACACACUAGUGCAGGUUAACGAAGCGUCUGUGCGGGUUCAACCCUUUGCUAUUCCAGGCAACGGCACAGACUUGAACCAAGAGGCCCAGUCCCAGACGGUCAUCACCUGGAAACCCCAGAUCCAGACGUCGGAAUACGUCAUCUCCUGCCACCCCAUGAAUCCAAACGAGACCCCCCUGCAGUUCUCCGUACCGGGCACCUCCACCAUGGCAACUCUGACGGGCCUGACCUCGGGGGCAUCCUACAACAUCAUCGUGGAAGCGGUGAAAGGAAGCGCACGGCACAAGGUGUACGACGAAGUCUUGACGAUCGGGGAUUCCGUUCCAGCGGAGGCGCACAAGGACAUGUGUUACGACUCCUCCACGCGCACCGUGCACGAGAUCGGAGACGAGUGGGAGCGAAUGUCCGAGACGGGCUUCAAACUCUGGUGCACCUGCCUGGGAUUCGGCAGCGGACACUUCCGGUGCGACUCGUCCAAGUGGUGCCACGACAAUGGCAAUAACUACCGCAUCGGAGAGAAAUGGGACCGCCGCACGGAGAGUGGACACAUGAUGAGCUGCACGUGUUUGGGAAACGGCAAAGGAGAAUUCAAAUGUGAACCACAUGAAGCCACCUGCUACGAUGACGGAAAGAUGUACAGGGUGGGCCAGCAGUGGCAGAAAGAGUACCUGGGGGCCAUCUGCACCUGCACCUGCUUUGGAGGCCAACAGGGCUGGCGUUGUGAGAACUGUCGCAGGCCGAACGUCCACGCCGAGACCUCCCAGCCCUCCGGGCAUUCGCUGGACGUCUACAAGGAUAACACGCUGCAGAAGCUGCGUCUCAGCUGCCCCCCUCGAGUGCCUACGGCCCGACCUCCUCGCUGAUGCAGAAGCCCACAGUUCCCAUAACUGAGCGGUGCCCGCUGCCCUUCACCUGAAGCUCUGCUCGCUCACUCGCUCGCUCGCUCGCUCACACCUCUGUGCCUUUCUCUUCGGCUGCUUCUCCUGCCAGGCUCGGCUCUUCGGAGCGCCAUUGUCUUGUCGUUGUCGUCGUUGUUGUCCUUUUGGUUUUUAUUUGAUUUUUAACUUUAUUUGAAGCGGCGGAUGGUGUCAAGUUGUCCUGCAGCGUGUCUGCGCUACCUUCUCAGUGUUGGGCAGGGGCUCUGGGUACCCGAGCGUCUCGGAGCAGGGGGGCUCGCCAGCUGGCCCGUCCAGGCAGCAGAGGAUCGUGAGGACGUGUGAUGAAGUGGGCUGGCACUGGCACUGGGACCCUGGCCUGGCCCGCUCCCCGGUGUCGUGCCGUCUGUGUGUGCGUGUGUCUGCGCCCGCGUCUGUCUGUCUGUGGCGUCUGUCCGUGUUGCACUUCACUUGGGUGACGAUGAGGUGCGACUUGAAUUUGGAAUUUGAAAUUUUGGUUUUGUUUUUUUAAACUCCUUUUUAUACUGUAAUUGCUAAAUGUUACUACUGUGGACAAAUUCUUUUUAAUAAAGUUUUACAAAAAAACAAAA